CGCGACGCUGACUGUUCUACAACUUCUUGUGACAUGUCUCGUCCGACUUGGUGUGCAGGGCCCCCGAGCCUGUCAGCAGUUCCGAUCCCGGCGGAGUCAAGAGCAUCGAGGCACAAGUACCGAAUCGGUUGACGGCACCCGCCGCGCCGCCGCCAGCAUGGCCAGCGCACCCAUUCAGGGGACGCCAGAAUUGCCCCCCGGAAUGCCAUUCUCAUCUGGAACGCGGACUUGGCUCGGAAUCUCAUGUCUGUAGUCGCCAUAAAAGUAUUUUAGUCUAUUUAGCUGGCGGUAGAUUCAUAAUUCCGCUUCGGCACACGUUUUGCGGUCCAUUCCUUCCUUCACUUUUUCUUUCCCCCUUGAUUGCGUUCAGAAGUUGUGUCUCUGACUCUGACCGACUUCCUCUUGGGCUUGACUUGUAACUGAAGACUGAGCUCGGUAACAGCCACUACAAGUCUACGACCUACUAGCAUCAACCUACACUUGGAACAGCCGCAUUAGGUACCUAAGUAGUUCGGGGAACCAGGUGGAGGAGUCCUGCAUAACGCUCCCAGCGCCUUCCAAACUGGCACACUCAACGUCUCUUGUACGCUCGGCGCUUCGGCGGUCAUCGGUACUCACGGGAAUAACAUCAUCGAUGCCCCGCUCCAGCGGCCCGGUCGACUCCCCCGCUCGGCUGUCCCUGAUCUCCCGUCACCUCGCCCCCGAUUACCCACUCAACACUCCUUAUACCGUCGAGAGACACCCGGACAACAUCGACACCUCUCUCUUGCCCAAAACACAAACCCGCGCCCUCACCACCGACACCACUCCAGCCAACAUGUCUACCCAGCCUGAGCAUGCGACCCUCCUUAUUCCCGGCCCCAUCGAGUUCGACGAUGCUGUCCUCAACUCCAUGAGCCACUACAGCGAGAGCCAUGUCGGGCCUGGCUUUGUUGCUGUCUUCGGCGAGACCCUGUCGAUGCUGCGCAAGUUGUUCCAGACCACGGACCCCUCCGCUCAGCCUUUCGUCCUGUCCGGCUCCGGUACCCUGGGUUGGGAUCUCGUUGCCGCCAACCUGAUCGAGCCUGGUGAGGAUGCGCUCGUCCUCAGCACCGGUUACUUUGGCGAUGGCUUCGCCGACUGCCUGAAGGUCUACGGCGCCAACGUCACCCAGAUCUCUGCCGAGCCCGGCAGCCGCCCUCAGCUCCCUGAGAUUGAGAAGGCUCUUUCGGAGAAGAAGUACAAGCUCCUCACCGUCACUCACGUCGAUACCUCUACUGGUGUCCUCAGCGAGCUCAAGAACCUUUCCGAGCUUGUCCACAGGGUUUCCCCCGACACCCUCGUCAUUGUCGAUGGUGUCUGCUCCGUCGCCUGUGAGGAGAUUGACUUUGAUGCCUGGAAGCUCGACGGUGUUGUCACUGCCUCCCAGAAAGCCAUCGGCUGCCCUGCCGGUCUCUCUAUCUCCAUGUUCAGCGGUCGCGCCAUCCAGGCCUUCCAGAACCGCCAGACUCCACCGACCUCUUACUUUGCUUCAAUGAAGAACUGGCUGCCCAUCAUGCAGAACUACGAGGCCAAGAAGCCCUCCUACUUCGCCACUCCUUCUCCCCAGCUCGUUCGCGCCCUCCAUACCGCCCUUGGCCAGAUCGUCGCCCAGGGUGUCAAGGAAAGGUUCGCGGCCCACAAGGCGGCUUCGGACAAGAUCAAGGCGGCCGUUGCUGCUCUCGGCCUCAAGCAGGUCGCCGCCAACCCUGAUGACCAGGCCCACGGCAUGACCGCCAUCUACCUUCCCGAGAACGUCAAGGGCGCUGAGCUCCUCCCCAAGCUCGCUUCGAGGGGCGUCGUGUUCGCCGGUGGCAUUCACAAGGCCAUUGCGGCCAAGUACAUCCGUUUUGGCCACAUGGGCGUCAGUGUGUUGGAUCCUAGCAGAGGCCAUGUCGAGAAGGCCAUCAAGGCUCUCGAGGAGGGUCUGUCCGAGUGCGGUUAUCAAAAGGCUUAGAAGUGGGGUGUAGUGUAGGAACGUGGUGUAUAUAAAAAGCCGGAGUCAUUUUGGAGUCACGAUAUAUACCAUCUUGAAUUUUGCUGAUUGAAGAAGAGGUCCCUAAUCGAUCUGCAAGCGGAUUUGAAUAUAUGAAACUGUGUAAACCG